AUGGGCAAACGGAAUAAGGGCAGCAAGAGGAAUCUGCGCCCCUCCAUUCACGCGCCGCAGCACCUUGGAGAUGACGGAUCUGAGUUGUCCGCUUCCGCGCUUCUCCAGUCGAUUCGACAGGCCCGGGAGAAGUCCAGCAAUGGUCAGUCUCAGGAGAAGCAUGAUCAGCCUACACCGUCGGGUCAACGCCAGAAUCAGGGCCGCACCAAGCCCUACAUUCCAGAAUUCGAUCCAACCCUUCCGCCGGCGGCCUUUCCAACCCUCACGUGCCUUGGCCAGCCUGUGCCCCAAGGCACCAGGGAAGGGCACUUGCGUCGUAUCAAAGAAGACCGGGAGAGACGGCUACAAGGGCUGGAGCCUUUUCCACGUGAACCCUACCGUGCGGAACUGGUGGUGAGUACUACUGUCGAGAGUGGACCGUUAAGCAUCAGCGAACUUUCAAAUCAGAAGCCCGCUGUCACAAAGGCACCUAGUGACGUGGAGUAUGAGUCUCCUGAAGGAAUCAGUUCGAGCUGGAAAGCCAGCAAUACUGUGCACAACCCUAUCUAUGCGAGAAACCUGGCAAUCAUGGCCGGCGAGGACCAGCGGGACCGAGACGAUGCCCAUAAUCCGGACGGUGCAAUGAGAUCGGACAUGGACUUGUCGGACAGCGAACCUGAAGAUUCCAAUGCGCCAAAGGCUGCUGUUCCCGAGUGGGGAGAACUUAGGCCGUCGCUUCGAGCAGAAAUUAUGGACAAUCUCCUGGACCAAGGCACGUGGGAUGAGGCCGUGGAGAUGCUCGGGAUUACUUUUAAGCAACAGAACAAAGUAAAAGAGCAUCUGAAGCGAUUCCAUAAGGUUAUCAAGCGAGAAGGGAAACAACUGGAGAAGAUGAGAAACAAGCAACUGCGUCACCUGCUGAACAUCGACAGCAGCCAGAAACGGAGUGUGCCAGACCAGCUAAUCCUUCGCCGAUUGGCUCACAAGAGUCGUCAACCCAUUAUUGACGGUCCGGACCGCCAUUUACUGCUGUGCAAGAGUGGCGAGCUGCGCGCAGCUUGGCGGUUCCUCAAGGAGCAUGGGCUACCUCUGGAGUUGGCCGGAGUCUGGAGCAACGGAUUGGAAGACAUGCGGCGUGAUGAAGGUGAGCCCGCAACUAAGCAUGUCAAAUGGAGACUCGCUCCCAUUGCUACCUUGGACCGCCCGAUCAUGGCAACGAAUGCCGGCCUUGAGACACAACUGCCUAUGAGCCGUAAGGUUCAGGCCAUAAACAGUGUCGGCCGGGGAGGCUUCCACGCCCCGCCUGCUCAGCAGCAGCACCCAAUGAAGGAUAUGAAAAAGUACUGGGAUGACUGGGAGGAGCUUUUCACGGAGCCUGAUGAGACUUUUGCUCGUCUUGCCCACGAAAGAAGACUGCAGUUGGCUUUCGACGCGGAUGGUGCUGCACAGAUCAUGGCCAACCCAGCAGAGCCUGCCCUGCCCAACCCUGCCGUUGCUCAAGUUCGAUACAAUCAGCGGAUCCAGCGAGCCAAGCGCGAGGCUGAAGCUGAGAGGCGUGCUCGGGCUCGAGACCCUCUGCCAUUUUCAGCCCGCGAUAUCACCGAGGGGACCUGGAAGCAGAAAUUGAAACGUCGGUAUGACAAGCUUGCCAAUGAUUGUAUGAAGCUCGGCCUGAGUGUGGAUUCCCGUUCCGAUGUCGAGUAUGAUGAAAACUCGGAGCUUGAUGAGGACGCUCUUGACGCUUUGCUGGCGGAAGCCAGCCAGUUCAACGAGGUUUACCGAUGCCUCCUGCCGGACUCCCGGACUAAGAGCCCCUUAAGUGACUCCCAGGGUGAUGAAGGAGAAGACGAGAUAGUUCUGGUUCCGACCGCCGACCCUGAUGUACGGAUGAGAUGA